ACGACGAGGCCGUGGCUCGGCGCCGCUUCCCGAGAAAGGGAGACCAGCUAGAAGAUCUGCUGGAGGUACCAAAAUCAUAGAUGGAAGUUUCAACAGAACUUCGGAUGUCAGUAACCUGCUCCAACUUGGAUCCUAUUUGAAGAUUUUAUUCAAACAAUCGGGAGCUCAUCAUUUUAGUGAAAAUGGACGGAGAAGAGAGGACCUAUGGUGGCUGUGAAGGCCCUGAUGCUAUGUAUGUAAAGUUAAUCUCCUCUGAUGGCCAUGAAUUUAUUGUAAAGCGAGAACAUGCAUUGACCUCUGGCACUAUUAAAGCUAUGUUGAGUGGCCCAGGACAGUUUGCUGAAAAUGAAACAAAUGAAGUAAAUUUUCGUGAGAUUCCAUCCCAUGUGCUAUCAAAAGUGUGCAUGUAUUUUACCUACAAGGUCCGCUACACCAACAGCUCUACAGAGAUUCCUGAAUUUCCAAUUGCACCAGAGAUAGCACUGGAACUGCUGAUGGCUGCAAACUUCUUAGAUUGUUAGAAAAUAAAAAUGUAACUUAUAACCCAAAAUAA